AUGUUCUCGAUAAAACAGAUAGGUUUCCACUCAAAACGAUUGGUCUCGUACAUCCCCAGGUAGUUAGUAUACGUUGUGAUUAUAUUUUUUAUAAUUGUAGGAAGAAAACCUACUAUGAAAUCUUGGAAGUCGAUCCUAAGGAUUCAGAUGCGCACAUAAGGCAGGCUUUCAUCAAGAAAUCGAAUGAAUUACACCCAGAUGGAAAGCAUUUUAAGAAAACAAAGAAAGGAACCGAGGACUUCAUGGCACUGAAAGAAGCUUAUGAUGUGUUGAGGAGGCCAGAAAAGCGGAAAGAAUACGAUCGAGAACUCUCAUUUGGCCGAGAAGCAGCUCGAGAUAUGUUUUAUGAACCGGUAAGGUUGUUUAUUUGUCUUCUGUGUUUAGAAUUAACUUUUGGGUACCUAAACUUCUACUACAAUAUAAGUUUCCAGGAUGCCCACUCAUCUCUACAUGUUGAUCCUAAUUUAAUCAACCUGCACAUCAAAUCUCCAAGAUCUCAGCUUCGGCCGGCAGUUAAAAGGAUGUCUUUAUCAGAUCGAGUUGGCCAUUUCUUUGAUCCGGCCAAAGCCAUGGCUUUUGAGGAGAUCGAAAGGCGACGGCUGAUCUACGGAGCCGUCUUCUUUGUUGUUAUUAUUUUUGCUGACAUUUGUUAUGUCCAUUACUUGGAUUGGAAAAAAUUCAAAGUCGCAUAA